UGUGGCCUUCGGAAAUUUUCACUCAUUCACCACAACUCAAACUAAAGACGUCACAUCCACACCGACUUCUCACAGCACCUAAAUAAAUACUCUCAUACAUUAAUACAACUUUAUUACCCAGACAUAAUGAAACGCAUACAUGUCGAUAACUACGCCCCAAAGUACUACAGUGGCAAGUGGUCAUGGGACUCGGAGAAGGACUGCCUCCACUUUCAGGCCCACAAUGAUCUGGAGAACGCUCGGGAGCGCUUCAUAAUCACCAAUGGCUACAAGUUCCUGCGCACCAUCGACCAGGAGGAGGAGCUCAUUUUCCGGCAGGAAUACGUGCGACCCAAAUGCAACAACAGUGACACUGUGGUGAUAUCAGAUAUAAGAAAUUUGGUGCUCUUCCUGAUGCCUCGAGAAUUUCUGUCCUACAGAUUCGUACAGUUCAUGCACGAGCAGGAAGUGCUCAUGGUAAUCCACGCCUUGAUAAUUUACUUUGAGUACUAUUUACGCCUGGUGGAGUUCGUGCUCAUUCGCCGUGAUGAACUUUCCGGACAGAUGGCCCAAAUCCAGAGCGAGCAGACCAAUGACAUGAAGCGAACAUUCUCUGUUUACCUAAGCCAGUACCGUAUGCUCGUGGCCCGCAACUACUGCCUCAUCAUCGGGGGCGAGGCCAACAUGGCCAAGUUCUACCACAUGAAGCCCAUUUCCAACAUUUCAGCAACGAUCCACGACAAGUACUUCCAUGAGCAGUUUCUGGCUGUGGCCAUCCAAAUGGUCUGGAUCUGUAUGCACCGCAGGGCGUACUUUGUCAUCGAAAUGGAGAUGAAUCGCCUCUUCCGCUCGGAGCACUUCGUUUCUGCCCGCCCUGAGUACCUGAACUUCACGGAGGCUGAGCGCAGUCUUCUCUACGGCAGAAACAAGAAGAACUGUAACUAUCGAGUGCAGGAAUCGCCACUGAUCCAGGAGCUGAAACUGGUGCCAGUCGAGGAUCUACCCAUCCUGUGGAUAGGAAAGCGCAAGUACAGGGGUUCCGAUGUCCGCAUUGCCGAGAUGGAGCUGGAAUACAUUGUGCCUGGCUCGCAGCUCUCCCUGAUUGAUGUAUCCCAUGGCAUCCUCGGCCAUCCGAAGGCACUGUACAACACGCUCCUGAAUCUCGACUGGCCGUCUGUACGGUAUUCAAACUUCUCCGAACAAUACGAUCCGUACCAGAUUAUCAGGCGACCUUACCUGAAAAUUCCCAAGUUAAAUGAACUUCAGAUGCGCAAGAUGAGCGAGAACUAUGAGCACUUCUACGAGCUUAGUCGAGUUUUUGAGCGGACCACGCAUAAUCAAAUCACCAAGUGGGUCAAACGAGACGCCACCAUUAAGUUCUAUCGCUCGGGUGGUCUACUCACAAAUGUGGUGUCGCGCUGUGAAAAGGAGUUGGCGAGCACAUCUACGGGGCCAAGGGUCGAGAUGAUCAUAUCCAACUACUUCAAGGUUAUAUCCAAAAUACGCAAGGGUGAAAGAGACUCGGACAAAGAAAAAGAUAGCUUUUCAAACGCUCGUUCUGGCAGCACGGCAUCGCGCUUUAGUGUAGGUAAAGUGACAAAGAAAGGUUCGGUAUUGGGGGCGUCUCAGAGGUCUCCUUCAACCAGAUUCAGUUCAAAAUAGUAUUCAAAUGCGUAUGAACUGGUUUGAAAGAGGGUUCGAUGGCGCCCCCAUUUCAAUGUUUCGAAACUGAAAUUUUGUAUCCAAUUGUAAUAUUUCCAUGCCUAUGUGCAAAUAUAUAUAUAUGAAACCAUUAA